CUUCGUACUCUAUCCUCAAGAUGUUUGCACCGUUGGUGAAUGGAUGUGACGGCAGCAGUUGCUUGCUUGGCGGUGACUGCAGGGCUGCGACUUCCGUGCAUGUGCGCAACUGGCCAUCCGCCAACUUCUUCCCUACUAGUAGGGUCCCCACAUGAAUCGUCGCGAGACAUACGCAAUCGCGCGUCUAUCACAGGCUUUUCAGUUUCAUUUCCCAAAUCCAACAUCACAACCACACGGCCACCGCGCUCUUAUCGGACCGUAUACAAACGUUUCACGCAUCCUUUUGGAGUAACCUCCGGCCGCUCGUUACCUGCGCACAGCUCCUGCGUUGACCACGUUGCUCGUACACUCGCCGUCGAUAGCAUAUCUUGUCCAGGCCCCUAUCUGUCGCCUGCACUGCCGAACACGAGAAACGGUCUGCCAUUGGGGUUGAACGAGCGGGCCGCUGCCGCUGGCAGGACAUAGAAGGUUUGCUCAACACGAGGUGCUAGAGCGCAACUAUGGGCUUCAUACAAGAUCUCCCGAGGAGGCUACCGUCUUCGAAAGACAGCCUGGACAAGCUCGACGACCUAUCACGACAGGCAGAAAAAGUUUCUCCACGAUUAGCCUUCUUUCGCCGGCGCAUACGUCUGAAGGGCAACUCGGCCGUCUCAUUACCACUCGGUCUGGUCCUGCUGUUUCCAUGUCUCGUCAUAGUCUUGAUACUGGUCCUCUUUGUGAGGUCGCCAGACUCACAGGGCAUCAUGAACAUGCCUGGAGGUGGCGUUCCUCCUUCGAUACGGAAAAUCAGUGAGAAGUACGACAAGCCCUUCGCAGUAGGCUGUCUCGAACCCCAGACGAACGGUCCCCGCGCAAAUGCAGCAAUCGUGGUCCUGGCGAGAAAUAAAGAGCUCAACGGCGUCAUACAGUCGAUCAAGUCGUUCGAAAGGCAUUUCAACAGGUGGUUCAACUACCCAUAUGUCUUCCUGAAUGAUGGCGACUUCAACACGACCUUCAAAGAGACCGUCGGCAAUCACACAAAGUCGACAGUGGAGUGGGGCAAGAUUGCGCCUGAGCACUGGGGUUUCCCAGACUGGGCUGAUCCUGCGGUCGUCAAAGAGGGCAUUGCUAAGCAGGGCGAUCGCGCUAUCAUGUAUGGUGGCAUGGAGAGCUAUCAUCACAUGUGUCGAUUCUACUCAGGCCAGUUUUACAAGCACGAGCUACUACAGAAGUAUGAAUGGUAUUGGCGACUGGAACCAGAGAUCACCUACUUCUGCGAUAUUACGUACGAUCCAUUCAUACACAUGAUACGGAACAAGAAGACAUACGGCUUCACCAUCGCCGUGAAGGAGCUGCGGGAAACAGUCCCAAACAUCUGGCGCUACGCGUCAGCAUUUAAGAGGAUGAACAACAUUACAUCUCAAGGCAUGUGGGAGAUGUUCGUCGAAAAACCAAAGGAAGAGCCCAAAGAUAAGCUGCCAAAAGACGAUCCGAAGUACAAAAAGCCUCUACCUCAAGAGAUCUUGAGGUCGGAACCAGGCACUGGAGCGCUCCCUGAGAUCGAUCCAGAGAACAUGGAGGGUGAAAACUAUAACAUGUGCCACUUCUGGAGUAACUUUGAGAUCGUCAACCUGGCUUGGUACCGGAGCAAGGAGUACAAUGACUUCUUCGAGAUGAUGGAUCGCAGCGGUGGCUUCUGGAUGGAACGAUGGGGUGAUGCACCGAUCCACUCGCUCGCUGCGGGCAUCCUCCUUGGUCCUCAAGAUGUCCAUUACUUCCGCGAUUUCGGCUACCGACACACCACGAUCCAGCAUUGUCCUGCGAAUGCGCCUGCACGACAACUCCCACGAAUCCCCUAUCUCGAAGAGACCACUCUGGAUGAGAAGGCACGCAAGGAAGAAGACGACUACUGGGCUCAUCCAGAUCCACCGAAGGAGAACGGUGUCGGCUGUCGCUGUAGAUGCGAUACUGACAUCGUUGAUGUAGAAGGCAAAGAAGGAUCUUGUCUUGCAGAGUGGGUGGAGGUUGCUGGAGGCUGGGCAUCACCUGGACCUUGAUGAUUGCUGUUUACUGUUGUUCUGCAUUACAUUCAGGCGAGCAUUUUGGGAGGCGCCAGUAUUGACUUCAGCUUUCUGCGCGGCGCGGUGGUGUUCAUGACGCAUCUUGGCUGAGCCAUAUGGGAGCAGCUGUGACGAUCCAGGGCGUUGCCGGACGGGCUUCACGUCCACUGUACAUAUACACAGUCGCGCGAUGUAAACCUGCAAGGCUUCGAUUUAGACUUACGAGUGUGAGCCAUCAUAUUACAAUCAAU